GCUUCAUGACGCUGUGACUCCCAAGCGGGCGCCUGAGUCAAACGUGACUUCUGUGAUGAAGCUUUUAUUUCCAAAGGGGAAAUAAUCCGCCUUCCUACUUGUGUCAUGCCAGGCUGCAAAAUAAUCCCUGUGUGUGUGCGCGCGCGUGUUUAUUUUCCCUCGGAGCAUGUAGGGUACAGAUGUUCAGCCUCUCUCUCUCCCUCUCUCUCUCUCUCUCUCCCUCCGUCUCGUGAGGUGAUAAGUGCAGACGGCGUAAAGCAUCGUUUCUCUCCCACAGGCUCGCGCGGCAGAGCCAUGAGCGAGGACGCGUCCGUCCCCAGCAGAGAGCCGCGCUCCGCCGGCUGAGCCCCGCUGGAAUGAACCGACUGGGACGGACUUCCAAGUCACUCACCUGUGGAUCUGCGCCAGCAUCGCUUCUAAAUAUGCCUUAUUUGACCAAACCUCUGCUUCUGCUCCUGUGUCUGCUCGUCAGUGGCGAAUGCCGUAAACACGGGCACCGCGUGCGGAGAUGGACCGGUACCACGGAGAGCGACAAGCAUGGCACCUCCUUAACAAAGAAGCCCCCAGAUGUUACCAAGUCUCGCAAAAUGAAGACGGAGCAUCUGCUCAAAGUAGAUGAUCACGACUUCACCAUGAGACCAGCGUUUGGAGGUCCUGCGAUUCCUGUCGGUGUAGAUGUUCAGGUGGAGAGUCUGGACAGCAUCUCUGAGGUCGACAUGGACUUCACCAUGACCCUGUACCUGAGGCACUACUGGAAGGACGAGCGUCUGUCGUUCACCAGCAGCACCAAUAAGAGCAUGACGUUCGACGGGCGCCUGGUCAAGAAGAUCUGGGUCCCCGACGUCUUCUUCGUUCAUUCCAAGAGGUCCUUCAUCCACGACACCACCACCGACAACAUCAUGCUGCGCGUCUACCCUGACGGACACGUUCUCUACAGCUUGAGAGUGACUGUCACAGCAGCCUGUAACAUGGACUUCAGCCGCUUCCCUCUGGACUCUCAGACCUGCUCGCUGGAGCUGGAGAGCUAUGCCUACACCGAUGAAGACCUGAUGCUGUACUGGAAAAGUGGCGAUGAGUCUCUCAGCACAGACGAUCGCAUCUCCCUAUCACAGUUCCUCAUCCAGAAGUUCCACACCACGUCCCGCUUGGCCUUCUACAGCAGCACAGACGCUGUGAUGAGUGAUGAUGAUGAUUCAUUCCUGUCUGGGGCUGGUGAAUGGAGCCGCGACGCUCCCCCAGCUCCACCCUGCCUCACGACGGCUGCUCCCUGCUGUGUUUCAGGCUGGUACAACCGUCUCUACAUCAACUUCACGUUGCGCCGCCACAUCUUCUUCUUCCUGCUGCAGACCUACUUCCCCGCCACGCUCAUGGUCAUGCUGUCAUGGGUGUCCUUCUGGAUCGACCGCCGAGCUGUGCCGGCCCGGGUUUCCCUCGGCAUCACCACGGUGUUGACCAUGUCCACCAUCAUCACUGGCGUCAACGCGUCCAUGCCGCGGGUGUCCUACAUCAAGGCCGUGGACAUUUACCUGUGGGUCAGCUUCGUCUUCGUGUUCCUGUCUGUGCUGGAGUACGCCGCCGUCAACUACCUGUCCACGGUGCAGGACCGCAGGGAGCGCAAGCUGAGGGAGAGGGCGCGCUCCCAGUCGCUGCCCUGCACCUGUGGCAUAUCCCAGACCCGGACCAUGACCAUGCUGGAUGGCACCUACAGCGAGGCUGACACCAACAGCCUGGCCGGCUACACUGAGGAGCCCAUGGUCCCAGAGGAGGAGCAGGAGGAGAUGCAGGACGUCCCAGAGAAGCCUGAACACAUGGUGGUGCACCUGUCAGUGAGCAGCGAGUCCACCACCACCAAGAAGAAGAAGAGCCUGCGGGCGCUUAACAUCAUCCAGAACACACACGCCAUCGACAAGUACUCACGCAUGAUAUUCCCUGGCUCUUACAUCUUCUUCAACCUUAUCUACUGGUCUGUCUAUUGCUGAAUGACGCCACAGAGACAGGGAAAUGCUGCAUCACCGUGACAGUGCUACCGCACUGAAGGCACAGCGCUGAUCGUUAUAUUCAGACUCCGAGCUCUUCUCGCUAUCCUAGUCCUUCAUGCAGCAGUUUGAAUGUUCAGUAGUUCUCUAAACCAGAACAUGUUCGUUUGGAUCACGUCACUGAUGCUCAUUAUCUCUGUCGGCUCUGUUUUUUGUCACUGCUGAAAAUCAGCUGUGAUCAAUCUAUUGGACGUCUUACAUUGAUGGACGCUGUCCACCUGCAUGUCUUCAUGCUGCUUUAAUUAUUAUUAUUAUAUAUUCAUAUGAAACAAUCACCAGAGAUGAAUCGUGUUUAUCAGGUUCCUGGUAGAUUAUCCAACAAACAGGACAUUAUUACUAGACUAGUUAGUCUAGACUAGACUUGACUCCACUAGACUGAAAUAUACUAGACCAGGGGUCCCCAACCCUCGGCCGCGGGCCGGUACCUGGCCGUGAAAGAAUACUUAACUUACAUUUUUUCCGUUUUAUUUAUUGUGUGAUUCUGAACGAUGUUUAGUUUUGGAAAAUUUACCGGAGACUCUCGGAGCGCUACAUCCGUCUACGAUGUUUGCCUCGGUCACGUGUCUUACCUACAACCGCUACCUUCAUGAAGGGGCUGCUCUGGCCGGUAACACAUAAUACAUUACCACUAAAAUGAAACCCAUAAAGGUUUUUAUGCUGGUAGUAUUAUUUUAUUUUGCUGUAUAUUUUUGCCACACCAUAAAGACCGGUCCGUGAAAAUAUUGUGUGACAUCAAACUGGUCCGUGGAACAAAAGAGGUUGGUGACCGCUGGACUAGACUUGACUAUACUGAUGAGAUGCGAAUCAACCAGACCAGGAGCAGAUAGUGGAAGCGGUUCUGGAGGCUUGUUUAGUGGUGCUUUGAGCUGUAACAUGUUUACAUGAUUACCUUGAUUCUCACAGUUCAGGUAAGGUUGAUGAAAGUGUGUCUGUGCAUAACCAUAAUAAUUGAAAACCCUUGACUUGGUACAAGAUAUUCAACAAUUCAAACUUUUUGCUGUGAUGUUGCUCUUUUAUUCAACAGCAAACUUGUGAUUCCACUACUUGCAGAUCAAAUAAGAUCAAACAUUUCAGAAGUUUUCCAUAUAACAACAAACCUUAAGGUGAAAGGUUCUUGUGAUACAGUAACUGUAAUGUGUCGAUUUCUUUAUCUGGUGGUCAACUUAGUGUCAGCAAACAUUUCUUUUAUGAUUCCAUCCAAACCUAUUACAGGAGUAUUAGAAUCCAACACAAUGACACAGAUGAUGACAUCUCUAGUCAUAUUACAGAAGAGGAAAGUGAAAUGGGACACAUCAACCAGCUCACUUGCUCCAGCGUGUCUGGGGGUGUUUAUAGUGGUGCUGGCUCUGGACCCACUCACCCCAUCACUCGUACCACAGACCCUGACCCUGAAGCUCAGGGCCCAGGUCUGCCCUCACACCAGCAGGAAGCCUUACUGUACCUUCAGAGAGGUAGAUGCAUUGUCUGGUCUAUUCUGCACCGUGUGUUUGGAAGUCAUGUCCAAACGAUUUAUUCAUUCUGUUGGAAUCUUUCUGUUUUUGCCUUAAAUAUGGAAUUUGCUGAUAUUCUAGAAAUCUGGUUCUAGUGAUUCCACAAUGGGACAAAAUAGUUGCUAGAGAAAAUGUGUUUCUGGUGUGUAACAUGUUUAUUAUGCCAAACCAUGAGAUGUAUUAUCUGAAAGAUGUCUGAACUGUUUGCGGAACCGACCAAGCAGCAAAAACUAAUAGAACCAUCAUUAGAAUCCCCACAAAACUGUCAAAGGGACAUUAAGAUACCGCAGUACUGAUUAUGGUGUUUAACUUGAGAAUGAUCUGUAAAUUUUGUUUAAUUAAGAACCAGAGUCUCCUGGAAUAGAUUUAUUUAUUCAUAGAUGUGUAGUAAUCUGUUGGCAAAGAAGUUUAGAAGAAUUUAUUCUAUACCACCACAACCUUUGCAUAAAAAGCUGAUUUGUAGUGUUUUUUUAAUGCACGUGUCCAAUGCCUUAAACCAACUUAAACCAUACCUGAAAGUUUGGGAUCAUUGACAACAAAUAGUUCUAGGCAGGACCAUCAUUCCGACAAUCAUUUCAUCAUUCCAUGUGACAAUUUAUUACUGUAUGUGUGUUACAAACCCACCAACAGCAGAAAUGAAAAUUCUCUGACCAAAGUAUUUAUUAAACCAAUCAAAUGCUGGUACAGGCAAUACUGAAAACAGAAAGUACAAUAUUAUACAAACAUUUGAAUCCACACGGGAUCAUCAGGAGAAGCCCUGGGAAACAAACUCGAACCCACAUGGGCCCCACCUGGGACCUGGGACUGCAACCAGGUCGCCUCUGUUGCUUUCAGUAAUAGGACGACAUCCAUCUGUAUCAGGCAUGAGGCCAAUUCACUACAUACAUACAUAUCUACUGUUCCCUGAGUAGUGGUAGGAGAGGUGCUUUGAAAGCUGAUGUUGAUUGGCCAAACUGGAAGAAACUGAAAGAAAUGAGACUGAAGUCUGCAGGUUUUGGAGAAACAAUAAUACAUCGUCAGCGUAUAGAUUCAUUUAAUCAUGUACAUUUUUUGAUUAUUUCAGUAAUUUCAGUAAUACAAAUUCAUUGUUUUGUCUAAUUGCUACAACUAAUGUUUCAUUGACGAUUACAAUGAACUAUGCUAAUGAUCUAGAGAUCAUAGAGAUAACAAACUCAGAGCCACUUAUCAUGGGUCACACAUACUUUUAUAAAACUAAUCUGUGUAAAGUAAAUGUUUGCAACACAACAGUAGAUGCUAACAUUUUGUAAGUGUCACAUUACAAAAAGACAAGAAGUUUUAUUUGUCUUACUUGUCUGUUCAUAUGGCUUGUAGUCAUUGGAUAGCCUGUCCAGGGUUUACCCCUCCAGCACAGGGUGACCCUUACCAGGAUGUGGGUCAAAUGGGAUAAAUGUUAAAACAACACAAUUAUUCUUUCAUAUUUUGAAUCAAGACUGCAGCAGCAACAUCCUGUAGCAGAUUGACAGUCAUUACAUCAUUUACUACUGUAUACUGUAUGUGAACGGUGUUUAACAAUCUGCUCUGUCUAAUCAAAAGAGUCAAGAGUCAUGCACCAUUAGGUGUGAAUUUUGGAAUAGAAAGUAGAAUCAAAUUUAUUUUCGCUAUUAAAAUCAAAUAAUUUCCACUUGUUCAGGAGAAAAUACAUUUUAAUCCAACUAUAACUAAACAGUGGCUAUGUUGGUUGCCACCUUUACCUUCCUUUUAGUUCCAUUAAUUAUGUUCUCUUACAACACAAAAGCUCUUUCACAGUGUGGUUACCGGUCUAAGCUUCAUUCAAAUAUUUGUUGGUUAAUUUAAUCCAAGGCUAAAGGUGCUGAACACUUUGAUCAAACAGGCUCAAAUGAUGUGGGAAGAAAGAACAGAAACAGCAGAAUUAAAAUGAGGCCAUUUGAGUUCAAUGAUGUUCAAUGAUGCUUAGGGACAUUUAUCAAUAUUCCCUUUAAUAUACUGCUACAGAGGGAACAUACUGUACAGUAUGUGAUGAAAAUGAAUCAUGCAGCAUCAAAACAAUUCAGUCAGCAUCAGGAAUGAAAAGGUAGCAGCUACAGUACAUGUACAUUUUCUGCACAUUUUCACUAUAAGUCGUCUGCACAUUUUCACUAUAAGUCGUCUGUUCUGUAAUAUUAGGUUAGUUCAGUCUCUGUCCACUGUAUCACCUCCUCCAUCUACUGGCCUUUGUUUCACACUCCAAAGGAUAUCAGAAAAUAUGGGUACCAAGCAGGAUGUGACAUGUCAGGAGCUGGUGAAUUUAACGAAAUGGCCAAGAUACAACAAGCUAGAAUUUCACUGCAGUGUUUUAGACCCAUGGAGCUCUUUGCUCUCAUACAAUGUAAAUGUAACACACUGGUUGUUUAAAAGAAGGACGUGUUUCUAAUUUACUUUUUUUUCUUUACAGCUUAUACACAGAAUGUGAAGUUAACCCUGUUUAGGUCACCACGUUGUGAGGACUGCGUUGCCUUUCUCAUGCUGUCUGAGAAUCUCUACCUGACUUAGCAGAGCUUGUCCUUAAAAUUGUUUCUAAACUGUAAAUUACAACGUUGUUUCAAAUAAAACACAAGUCAAACAAGUUAAA